UCCAUGUGCAAGAGGAGAAAAAUAAUCCAUAAAAAGUUUGUUUUCUUUCUUAUGAGACAAAACUAUGCAGAAACAAAGUGUUGGAGUUUAAAACGAAGUGAUGCUGUUCGUGUUGGAUGUGAAACCGCGAAGAACCACAAAAAAGCGGAAGAAGUUAGAAAACAAAACCCGGCGUUUAAUAUUUAAAGCCCGGAGAAGGAGAAAAGCAUCGUAACUAAAGAUGCUUCUUUCUCCUUCUGCUGGUUGAAGAAUUAAAAAGGGAACAGGAGUGGGGAAAAGAUGGAGAGAGGAGGCGUUCAAGAUAGGGGAGAGGAGGAAGACGAGGUGAAAGCUUAUGAACAUGAAGACAAGGAAACAGGAGAGGAGGACAAAUCACUAAGUCCUAAAUUGAAGGAGCAAGAGUUGAAAAGGACUAAAUCUGCCUCUAGAGACGGUUGUCAGAAACAGCCAAUCAGCGGACACGCUCUGAUCUCCGCCUCCUCCUCAAAGUUCUCCUUUUCUUUCAUCUCCUCCUCUGUGUGCCAAGGAAGAGGAGGAGGAUGUGAGGAGGAAGACGAGGUUAGAGUCUCCAUAUUAACCAUUGAGGAUGAGUCCUGUCCAUCAGAGCCAUUUGGCCCCACCCACCUUGAAUCGGCCAAUCAGAUUUUACCGACAGAACAUGGAGCCAUCAAGAAAGAAGUUGAGGCGGAAGGAAAGAUGGAGAAAAUGAAGGAACAGGAGGAGGAGGAACUAAAGAGCAAAGAAGAGGAGGAGGUGGAGGAUGGUGACGAGGUGACAUCACCCUCAGAUCACCUGCAACACCAGAUGAAGAGGAAGCUGGGUCCAGACGACCGGCCUUUCCCUUCAGGGAAGAAACACUGCAAAGGCAGCGGAUACCUCAGCCCCUCCAGUCUGGCUCAGGCCACACCCACUACAUUUGGGGACCUGCGGCUGGCCAACGGGCACUCGGCUCAGCGCAGACGGGUCACCUCCGGUCCGCCUCCUUCCGGCCUGCAGGACUGGCUUCAUACCUUCCAGACAUGGAGCGGCCCCGAGAGGCUCCUGGCUCUGGACGAGCUGAUCGACAGGUGCGAGACCAGUCAGGUGAAGCACAUGAUGCAGGUCAUCGAACCUCAGUUCCAGAGAGACUUCAUAUCGCUGCUGCCCAAAGAGCUAGCCCUGUACGUGCUGACCUUCCUGGCUCCCAGAGACCUGCUGCAGGCCGCCCAGACCUGCAGGUACUGGAGGAUCCUGGCCGAGGACAACCUGCUGUGGAGGGAGAAAUGCCGCGAGGAAGGUAUAUCAGAGUGUGUGUCAUAUCGUCGGAGGGAGAGUGCACGGCCAGGCUGUGCAGUUAGCCCGUGGAAAUCAGCUUACAUCAGACAGCAUCGCAUAGAGACCAACUGGAGGAAAGGGGACACGCGGGAACCCAUGGUACUGAAAGGUCAUGACGAUCAUGUGAUCACCUGCCUUCAGUUCAGCGGCGACCUGAUUGUCAGCGGCUCAGACGACAACACGCUCAAAGUCUGGUCGGCCAUCACUGGCAAGUGUCUGCGCACGUUGACGGGUCACACCGGCGGGGUGUGGUGCAGUCAGAUGGCAGUCGCCACGGUGAUCAGCGGCUCCACCGACCGGACACUGCGCGUGUGGGACGCCGAAAGCGGAGAGUGUGUGCACACGCUGUAUGGACACACAUCCACUGUACGCUGCAUGCAUCUCCAUGGCAACUGGGUGGUGUCGGGCUCUCGGGACACAACGCUGCGCAUGUGGGAUGUGACGACGGGCCGCUGCGUGCAUGUGCUCACCGGCCACGUGGCGGCGGUGCGCUGCGUCCAGUACGAUGGCCGCCGCGUGGUGUCGGGCGGCUACGACUACAUGGUGAAGGUGUGGGACCCUGAGACGGAGGUGUGUCUGCACACGCUGCAGGGACACACCAACAGAGUGUAUUCACUGCAGUUUGACGGUGUGUUCGUGGUGAGCGGCUCGUUGGACACCUCGAUCAGAGUCUGGGAUGCAGAGACAGGUGGAUGUGUCCACACACUGACCGGCCACCAGUCGCUGACCAGCGGCAUGGAGCUGCGCGACAACAUUCUUGUGUCUGGGAAUGCCGACUCCACUGUGCGAGUGUGGGAUGUCCGGACGGGACAAUGUCUCCACACACUGCAGGGUCCCAACAAGCACCAGUCGGCGGUGACAUGUCUGCAGUUCUGCAGAGGUCUGGUUCUGUCCAGCUCAGACGACGGGACGGUCAAGCUGUGGGACCUGCGGACCGGGGCUUGGCUUCGGGACGUGGUGGCGCUGCAGAGCCGGGGAUCAGGUGGUGUGGUGUGGCGAAUCCGAGCGUCCGAUACCCGGUUGGUGUGCGCCGCAGGCAGCAGGAACGGCACCGAGGAGACCAAACUGCUCGUGUUGGACUUUGACCUGGAUGACAGGAAGAAGGAGACGGACUGAGGAGGAAGUGACGCCAGAGACACGAGAUAAAAGUGUAAAUGAAGACACUGAUGGAGGAGAGUGAGCUUUUUUUAUGUUUGUUCUUUUUUUAAGGAAAAGCUGCAGAUUUUUUUGACCAAAGUCCUGACUGGAUCUGGUUUUCUCCCACCUGUCAGACAGGUGUGGAUGUUACAUGUUCUGAUUGGCUGGCAGAGACAGGUGGACAGAGUACGGAUAACUCAUCAAACAGCUAAAGACAGAGGCAUGGAUGUAAAUGGUUUCUAUGGAAACGUGAAUGUUUGACGGACAGACUGAUGGAUUUAUCUAAAUCAAAGACGGCUCAGAGAAGAUGUUUCAGAGUUUUGAAUGUAGCCGAUGGAAGAAGCAGAGGGAUGAGGGCAUUCACCUUUUUUUGCUGCUGAACUGACAUCGACACGAUGAUGAUGCUGAUGCUGUGUUAACCAAUAAAUCCAAAUCUACCAAAUGUUGACGGCCAAAGAGACGCAGGCGAUGUGUGGAGGCGGCGGAGGCGAGGAAUGCUGCAGCUCGGGUUCGGUCAGUAUCGUUGUCGGACUUGUAGAAAGGGAGCGUCUCGUCUCCGCUGCCCGUACACAUCGUGUUCGGUCCUGCGGUACUGUUACAUGUGUGCUGUUUAGAAAACGCUGCUGACUUCUGGCUGUAAAACUUUCUUUUCCCUUCAUGCAAAGAGGAAGGACUAAGUUAAAGAACACACAGCCAGAGCCUCACACCUGCAACAUUAAGUACUGUCUUAAUUUAAGUUUUACAGAAACUUUUAUUUAAAAGCAGACGAGGGAUUAACAGAAGUGAGCUGCUUUCCAAAAUCUUUCUAAGCUGUAAAUUACUCCAAGACCUGAAUGUUUGAGGGAUUUGUGGUGAACUUUGCCACAUAAUGCAAGUCCACAGCUGGUGUGUUGAUGCCAAAUGUGGAAAGAAAUGUAGAAACUACUAAACUGGCAACUCCUGAAGGCCAUUUUAGGAUAAAAGUUUCAAACAAACCCUGCAAAUGUCAACAUGACAUCGGCAUCAACAGGUGGUGAUAAAAAAACAUUAAAUGUAGUGGCUGAGCAUCAGUCUCCAUGUGGGAGACCAGGGUUUAAAUCCCCCAGAGGACAAAUAUUAACACCUUCCAGUUAGGUCCUUAAGCAGGACCCUUAACGCUCCUGCCUGACUAUUAUAAGCCGCUUUGGAUAAAAGUGUCUGUAACGUAAUGUAAAGGAUAAAUAUCAGAUAAACAAUGACAAAUAACUGCAUUUAUUGCUGCUUUGACCCCACAUCCAUGCUAAUGCUCGGUUUCCAUUUAUUCUUCCAUCGUCCUACUCGACACUAAUGGAGCCUUAGUCGCUCUUCACACACUGAGGUGUGUUAAACAGCUGAUUCUGGUGAUAAUGUAAAAGUUACAAGUAUUAAAUAUUAAUAUUGUGCUAAUAAUACACUAAUGAUAACAUUAUGAUUUAAUAUUUGCUGGUAAAAAACAUUGAUUGUAAGUUGGGGUUUAUUUGUCCAGUUUUACUUUCUUUUACAAGUUUAAUUCAGUUUAAAAAAAAAAAAAGAAGAAUAAGCUCCAUAUCAUCCUGCUUUCAGCCAGAUGCUGAAAAUAAAA